AUGGCUCUGGGUACCAGAGAUUGCAUCUCGGCGUGGGCGACGUGGGAGGAGAGCGUCAGCAGCAGAGAACUGGCUGCCGGGCCGGGCCCGCCAUCCCCACUCACCAGUCCCGGGUCUCUCCUCCCCGUCAGUGCGAGGACCGUUUGCCGGGGCGGCCACAAUGAGCCUCCAGAGCCGGCCGGCCACCAAUGGCGGAACGCCGGCUCCCGGCCGCUGCGCCUGCGCACACGGAACCUCGUUCCCGGACUACAGUUCCCGGCGUCCCGUCGGGCCGGCGGUGCGCAGGGCGGGGCAGCGUGGGCACGUACUUCAGCGAGGGGCGGCUUGGCGCGCUACCGUAAGUCCUGUGCCCGCAGAGUGCUUCCCGCUUUCCCUUUCUGUGCCUACGCUCUCCCCGCGAGCCGGGGCUCUUCUGGUUUCCCAGGGUUUCGGGACCCACCUCCUGCUUUUGGUCUCCUCAUCCCUUCCAGGCGUGCUCGUGGGCGUGGUCUCGGAGCCUGUUCCUGCCCUCCAGGAGGCCACAACCUAGCACCGGGAGACACUGCGCUACAGAUGGGUCGUAGAGGAAGUAAGAGGGGAAGCCCCCAGAAGCCCGGGAGGGCUUCCUGCAGAAGAGGGGAGCCGCCGUCUGCCAGCAGUUACCUGCACUCUUUUUGCCGAGAGUCGAGGACCAAAGGGGGAAUGUUUGAGAGACCUUGCAAAGGGGGAAUCCCCGCUGACUUGUGUUUCCUUGAGGUGGAAGAUGUCACAUGCUGUAGUUUUUCCAUUGUAUUUCUUUUUCUUUCUUUUCUUCCUUCCUUCCUUCCUUUUUUGCUGCUGAGGCAAUUGGGAUUAAGUGACUUCCUGUACAGCUAGGAAGUGUGAAGUGUCUGAG